AUGGCAUGCUGGAAAGUUUUAGUUACCCUGCUUGUUUUCUUUCUGGAAUCCUUUCCUAUACUUGUUCCAGUUGAAGCUACUAAAACUGCAUCUUUACCUCUCACAAAUACUACUGAAUUCAAAGUGAGAUGUGUUAAGAGUGAGAGGAACGCCCUAUUAAGAUUCAAGCAAAGUCUCACAGAUCCCUCUGACCGACUGGCGUCUUGGUUUGGCAAAGAAUGCUGCAUCUGGAAAGGUGUUUCUUGUGACUUAAAAACUGGUAAUGUCAUCAGCCUUGAUCUCAAAGAUGCAUCAGGCAAUUGCUAUGAGGAGAAAUUGGGAAAUUUGAAUUCUGGCAAUUCAUCAUGCUUGGGUGGCAAAAUAAGUCCUGCUUUACUCGACUUGCAACACUUGGAGUAUUUAGACCUUGGUGGUAAUGACUUCCAAGGACUUCCCACUCCCACUUUCUUGGGUUCUCUUGAAAAUUUACAGUAUCUUAACCUCAGUUAUUCAUCUCUUAUUGGUGUUCCUCCUUCAUUAGGAAAUCUAUCGAGUCUACGCUAUUUAGACCUUUAUGCAUAUUCCUAUCCUUAUGGUACUCUUGAGAGUAGCUGGGUCAAAGAUUUGAAUUGGGUUUCCGGUCUAUCUUCUUUGAACUACAUUGAUCUUUCUUUUGUGAACCUCUCUUUGGCGAAACAUUGGCUUGAAGCUUUUAAUAAUCUGCCAUCUUUAGUGUCUCUGUGUUUGCUAAACAGUAGUCUUCACUAUCUCCCUGACUCCUUCGUAUUCCCGAAUACGACUUCUCUUUCUUAUCUCUCCCUUUCACAGAAUAACUUUGUUAAUUCUGUGUUGCCUAAAUGGUUGACUAACGCCACCACCAUAAAGGUACUUUAUAUGGAGUCCAGCAACAUUGAAGGUCCAAUAUCAAAUGUUGAGUGGGGUAAACUCUGUAAUCUGCGGGAGUUGUAUCUAAAGCAGAAUAAAAUUAAAGGAGACAUAAGUCGAUUGGUGGAAGGGUUGUCCAGCUGCAGGAACACGACCCUAGAGUUCUUACGUCUUGACAUAAACGCAUUGACAGGGCAAUUGCCAAAUUCAUUAGGACAUUUGAAGAACUUAAGGGCUCUUGGUAUUUCUUAUAACCUGAUAUCUGGCACGAUUCCAGCAUCUAUUAAGCAGUUGUCGGGGUUGGAGAUUUUGGACUUGGGAGGGAAUCAACUGAAGGGAGCCUUACCUGAGAGUAUUUUUAGUUUUUCUCAAUUAACUGAAUUGUGGUUGACAACAAAUGCUUUGGAAGGCAACCUUUCACAAAAUCACUUUGCAAGACUCCAUCAACUGGAAGUUUUAUCCCUAUCUUGUGGAAGAAGUUUUGUGGUCAACUUGAGUAAUGAAUGGCUUCCUCCAUUUAGCCUCACAACAAUCGAGCUUAGAAGUUGCAGUUUGGGUCCCAAGUUCCCGACAUGGCUGAAAACUCAAAAGCAACUUGAGAUUGUUAUUCUCACCAAUGGCUCCAUUUCAGAUCCUAUACCUCCUUGGCUUUGGACCCUGUCCUCACAAUUGCAAUGGCUCGAUCUAAAAAAUAAUCAGAUUGGUGGAAAUCUUCCGAGGUUAGUAAAUUUUCGAACAUUCCAAAGCCGGACGAAAGACAUGAAAAAAAGUUACCAAAACGGUGUCGUAGUGGACUUAAGUUCCAACAGCUUACAUGGCUUGUUACCUCUUUGGCCAAGUGUGACGCAUUUGAAUCUUGCAAAUAACUUGUUUUGUGGAACUAUACCCUUAAACAUUGGUCAUGUGAUGACAAAACUCAAGGUUUUAGAUCUUUCUGGAAAUGAGUUUACAGGAUCUAUACCAUAUUCAAUAACAAGAGUGAUGCAGCUAUUGCGACUGGACCUUUCAGACAAUCAUUUGUCUGGAAAGAUCCCUGACUGGUGGUAUGGAUUCCAACAACUUCAGGUCAUAGAUUUGUCAGGGAAUAAUCUUUCAGGUAGUAUUCCUCCUUCAAUAUGCUCACCACCCGCACUUUUUUGGUUGAGAUUGAGUCGUAAUAACCUUUCCGGAGAACUUCCAGAAUCAUUAAGCAACUGCAAAAGCUUGCUUACACUUGAUAUUGGAGAGAACAAAAUCAGUGGCACCAUACCUGACUGGUUCGGAAAAAGUCUAUUAACUAUGCAAAAGCUUAGAAUGACUGGUAAUAUGAUUGAUGGACGUGUUCCACCACAACUGUGCCAUCUCUCUAGUCUCCAAAUUCUAGAUCUUUCACAUAACAACUUGACAGGUUCUAUUCCUUCCUGCCUGGGAAGCUUGAGAGGUCUUAAGUCCGUGAAGUUUUACAAGUGGCUUCCGAACUACUACUUUUUCAGCUAUGUUUUUACACCCAAGAUGGAGUUGGUUAAGAAAGGAACAAAGAUGACAUACACCUUUAACUUAGAUCAAGUGAAUCUUAUAGAUCUUUCCUGCAACAAUCUUAAUGGUGAAAUCCCAAACGAAAUUACAUAUCUCUCAGCCUUGGGCACUCUGAAUUUAUCUUGGAACCAAUUAUCAGGAAGAAUUCCAGAAGACAUAGGGAGCAUGCAGCAAUUGGAGACACUGGACCUUUCCUCUAACCAUCUCUCAGGUUCUAUCCCAUUGAGCAUGGCUUCCAUUACCUCACUGAGCCAUCUAAACUUGUCACAUAACAACCUUGGUGGCUCUAUUCCAUCAACAAACCAAUUUGGAACCUUUACUGAUCCUUCAUGUUUCGAAGGCAAUCCAGAACUUUGUGGGAAACCAUUGAUAACGGAUUGCUCUCUACCCAGAGAAAAAGAAACGGAAAGGAAAAUUGAAGAUGAUGAUGAUGAUGAGCAGGAAAUAAGGCAAUGUUUUUUUGCGGGCGCGGGAGUGGGAUUUGUUGUCAUGUUUGUGGCGACAUUUAGCAGCUUGAUGAUAAACAAGUCGUGGCGAUACUGCUGCUUCCAUUUCAUGGAGGAUGUUGGAGAAAGAAUUAUCAGGUGCUGUUUGGCCUUCAUGACUUGCUUGAAGAGGAUUUUCAGCGUCAGAAGGAAUUGA